AUGGCCGCAGUUACAGCAGCUUCGGCAGAACUGCUAAUCAUCGGCUGGUACAUCUUCCGCGUGCUGCUGCAGGUGUUCCUGGAAUGCUGCAUUUACUGGGUAGGAUUCACUUUUCAAAAUCCUCCAGGGACACAGCCCACUGCGAGAAGUGUUCAGGUACUCCCUGCAGAAGCUGGCACACACAGUGUCCCGGACCAGGCGGCAGAUGCUGGGGGAGCGCAGGCAGCAAGCCCCCAACUGAGGCCCCAGAUCCCAGCCCUGGGCGGCCAUGUCAUCAGGUGCUUCUGUGCUUCUCGACCAGCAUGGGAGCCAGUGCCGCACAGUAAUGGGGGGUCCCCUGUGUUCCCUCGUCAGAGGAGCACUUGCCAAGGUCAGUGA